AUGACGAGUGGGCGAAGCUCUGGGUAUCGCUUAGGCAUAUCGUGUCUCCGACUACUGGAGAUGUCGGCUCCGUCGGCGGCGAUCCACGGUCGCGGCAUGUGGCUCAACUGCAGCUUCGACCUCGAGUCCGACGAGCUGUACUCGGUCAAGUGGUACAAGAACGACACCGAGUUCUACCGAUACAUUCCAAGGGACAGGCCACCCGCACAGAACUACGACCUGCCGGGUGUGGUGGUCGAUAUGUCCCGGUCUCGUGAGGGUCACGUGUUCAUCUCAUCAGUGAACCUGUCUACCGAGGGAAACUACCGCUGUGAAGCGUCGGCUGAGGCGCCUUCCUUCCAGACUGUGGUCCAGGAGAAGGAAGUCAAGGUCUUCGUGAUUCCAGAUCAUCCGCCCACCAUUCGAGGCACGCGAUCCAAGUACGGUGUCGGCGAGCGCGUUGAUGUCUCUUGCAGAGCACCCUACUCACUCCCAGCUGCCAAGCUCGUAUGGCUCGUAAACGACCAAGAGGUUCCGUUCACAGACGUGCGGGAAUUGGAGACCCUGUACGACUCGGAGGGACUGCAGAGUUCGGGCGCUGUGCUGUCGUUCACCCUGCGACCGCACCACAUGGCGGGCAGCUGGCUGCGACUGAAGUGCGUGAGCGUCAUCUCCGAAGUGUAUCUCACGUCCAGCGAAGAGCUCAUUGCUGGAAACACGGAGCCAUCCAUACCGUACCCAGAAAAGAGUCCCGACAGUCCAGUGAUCGAGGGCGGCAAGCAAAAAUAUUUGAUCAACGAACUCGUGAACUUGACCUGCAGAUCGGCAGAGUACGACACGCCACCGGAGUUGACGUGGUUCAUAAACGACAAAGAGGUAAGCCCGUCCGAGUACCUGGUGAGGUACGAGUUGCAGAGAUACCCGAGGUACGCUGCGUCCCUCGGUCUGCGCUUCAGAGUGCGGCCAGAGCAUUUCGAGGAUGAGCGCAUGCACCUGCGGUGCAUGGUCUCUCUGUCGCACGUCCUGAACACCAGCAGCGCCGAGGCCAGCAUCAAGAACAAACACCGCACCAUGUCGGGACUCAGGGCACCCACGGAUGAUGCGUCCAACGAAGGAAUGUCCAUACUGGCACCUUUUCUGUCCAGUCUACUUGUCUGCUUUGUUCUUCUGGAGCUAUGAUGGACACUGCUGCGACGAUGCCUGGAUUCGGGAUGUACAAGAAAAAAAACUCACCGCGUGCAAUAGCCAUGGUUCUUCUUCUGCUGAGACCUUGCGAGAUUCCCUGCGACCACCAAAACCGUUUCAUGCCUCUCCGUUCGUGCCAACCUAUAGAUCGAGACGCUGCCUACAAAGGAUGUGCCAUGUGACGUGAUGAAUUGUUAAAAUGCGCUAAAAAGCGUAUUCAUCGUAAGAUUUCCUGUUAGAGAGGGCACGUCAGGCUUUGGAAGACCGCGAUGCACAGUACCAGCGUCAUAUCUUUGAGCUGUUAUAACAAAUUUAUUGAAUUUUCGUCGCUCAAACGUUGUGAGCAUUAGACAAUGUGCUUGCUAGUGACGUAAGCGCAGCACAGACGGUUGUCUUGUGCAAUGCUAUACAUUUAUAAUUUUGGCAAACUUCACAGAAGCAGCAUUAGUUAAGAAGAUGGCAGUAAGAAAAAAAAACGGGAACUUGUAUGAGCAAACAUCUAAAAGAUAUCUUCUGUCUUUUCUUGGUGGUUUGCAUACAUGAAGAACAUUAUUCGAGUUUCCUAAGUGCGCAUACAUAAUUUUCACCCAAGCUUUACAAAGAAGACACAAAUGGCAAAUUAAAAGUUUCCAGAGUCG